AUGAACUUGGAGGACAAUAUGCUGAUUGAACUAAUUCAGGUGCGGCCCCGCCUGCCACUCGCAGGCCUGGGGCCAUGCGCAGGCGUGGCGGCCACACGUAGGCCUGGAGGCCAUGCUCAGGCCCAGAGGCCACACGCCAGCCUCGUGGAGGCAGCAGAACGUGGAGCAGAGGCCCGGCCGCGCGGGGCAUGGGCGGGGCCCGCGGAAGAAAAAAAAAAGAGCUCAUAUCACAUAAGCUCUGAGCAGGUGACCACUCAAAUCAAAUUCAACUCCUACAAAGAAGUAAACAUAAGGCUCCAUCCAUUUCUGAAGAAAAGCCAACUGACAAAUAGCACUGGAUACAACACUCCCCUUGAUAAAAACAGAAAUACGAUACAGUAUGAUAUCCACAACCUUGUGAGAUUUUCUAAUAACACCUGGCUGUUAGAUAAAGUAGAUUUUGUUUACAGGAACACCCAUGAUCAUGGCUUGAUCAUCAAUGAAGAGGUGAUAAACUGGCCUGUUAAAUUCAAAAAGACUCCAGAAUCUGUGUGUAGCCACAACUGUGUUCCUGGAUUCCAGAAAAUUCCCCAAGAAGGAAGACCUGUUUGCUGCUUUAUUUGUGUUUUGCGCCCAGAGUCAGAUAUUUCAAAUCAAACAAGUAUGAACAGAUGCAAAGCAGUGUACCAGUGCCCAGCUCAAGAGUACUCAAACAGUGAGAGAACUCAAUGUCUCCCCAAGCAUGUGACAUUACUGGCCUUUAAGAAUGCUUUGGGGACAACCAUGGCCUGCAUGGCUUUGUGUUUCUUUGUCCUCACAGCUGUAAUUUUGGGGAUCUUUGUGAAGCACCAAGACUCUCCCAUUGUCAAGGCCAACAACCAGGCUCUCAGCUUUAUCCUGCUCAUCUCCCUCCUGCCACGCUUCCUCUGCUCCUUGCUCUUCAUUAGCCAUCCUAACACAGUCACCUGUGUCCUCCAACAAGUUGCAUUUGGCCUUGUGUUCACUGUGGCUGUUUCCACUGUUUUGGACGAAACCAUUACUGUGAUUCUGGCAUUCAAGGCCAUGAAGCCUGGAAGAACAAUGAGGUGCUUGCUGCUUUUAGGGGCUUCUAAUUCUGUCACUCCCAUUUGCUCCCUGAUCCAAAUGGUUAUCUGUGGAAUCGGGCUGGGAAUCUCUCCCCCUUUUGUUGAAAUAGACUCACAUUCUGAGCCCAGAAUCCUCAUCAUCAUGUGCAACAAGGGCUCAGUCACUGUCUUCUACUGUGUCCUGGACUACCUGGGCUUCUUGGCUCUGGGGAGCUUCACUGUGGCUUUCCUGGCCAGGAAACUGCCUGACACAUUCAAUGAAGCCAAGUUCCUCACAUUCAGCAUGCUGGUGUUCUACAGUGUCUGUGUCACAUUUGUACCCAUCUAUCACAGCACCAAGGAGAAAUUCACAGUGGUUGUGGAAGUCUUCUCCAUUUUGGCCUCCAGUGCAGGGCUCCUAGGCUACAUCUUUGCCCCCAAGUGCUACAUUAUUCUGUUAAGACCUGAUAUGAACUCUUGGAAAGCUUUAAAAAACAGAAGGGGUUCAAAUAAAGCCUAA